CAGCAGGCACAGGGGUGUGGACCUGCGCUCCUUCAUAUACCGGGGAGUCAGGCACUCACUGCUCAUCCAGGAGCACAGACCUCCAUCUAACAGGCUGCAACCAUGAGACGCCCAGCGCUGGGGAUAGCCGCACAGCUGCUUCUGCUGAUCUGCUCUGUGUACACAGAUGAUGAGAUCGAUGACUACCACAUGUUACAAAGAGAGGUCGAGCCCCAGAUUCUACUGGAACAACGUGAAAUCCAGCUUCCUUUUUUAAUCCAAGGAGAACCCGAGCUUAGUCCGCGUGGAAGAAGACCCAUAUCCGUUUGUGGUGGACGGGAGCUUUGUCCUUUGGAUGGUUUGACGGAUUCCUUUGGCAGCAACUUGAACACUUUCCCUCCAGGACGACCGACCCAUGACAACAUCGGAAACAUCUGCACGAAGAGUCGUCCUAAAACCCGAUAUGGGGCCCGUAACUUUCCUCGGAGUGGGUUUUCCCACCUCAGAAGACAAGGAGAUGCCAUCAACGAGCUAGAAGAAGGGUUCACCAGAUGUUGUCGUCAGUCAGAUAAGCUCCAGUGUGCGGUGGGAGUGUGGAAGAAAGCCUUGGAGGAUUUCUGUUCCGCCGAGUUCUCGGUGAAGACACGGCACCACCAUUGCUGUAAGCAGUCUGGAUCUCAGAGGGAAACCUGCUUCCACGAUGAUGCCUCCAACCCAAGCUACGUCACGACUGCUGCCCUGCAGGAGAUCGUCGGUGAGGAUGCUGCCGCUGUGGGGGCAAGCCGUCGCAGCUUCAAGGCCUGUCCUCCCGGCUCGCCUAAAUGUGAGGAGAACACGGACAGCCGGUAUAAGCUGUCAGAUCUGGCCUUCCCACCUGGAGAGCCCAAAUCCAGCAACAUCCAGAACAUCUGCAAGCUGAGGAAAUACCGCCCACUGUACGCGGACAGCCUGCUGCCAAGCAGUGGAUAUGGUCAUUACAUCCGCCGCGCAAAAGCCAUACAGCGCAUGGAGGGCGAGUUCAAUAAAUGCUGCAAGACGGACGACGUUUCCUGUGCUCAUAAUGGGUGGGAGAAAGUUCUCGGAAAGUUCUGUGCCAAAGAGCAGCUGGUGAAGACCAAACACCACGAAUGCUGCAAGAAGCGGGACCAGGCCUCCAUGUACAGCUGCUUCGCUAGUGAAGCCCCGUUCCCGGAAUAUGACAGAGAGGUGGAGGUGCUGGACCUCGGGAACAUAACCGAGGACGGCCUGCAGAAGCUGUGCGGAGAGACCAAGCUCCUCACUAAGCAGAAACAGAUGCCGUUACUGGUGUCUAGUCUGAAAAACGCGUGCUGCUCCCUCCCCCAGGACGAGGCGCUGCAGUGCGCUGCAGAACAGAAAGAAAAGUUCAUUAAAACCGUGUGCGGAUCCAAGAAGGACUUGUGGAAAGACACCCAGGCCUGCUGCUCCAAGGACGACCAGGAGAGGGAGCAGUGCUUCACUUACUACCUGCAGAGCGUCUCCAUGGCCGUUUCACAUAGAACCAAGGGGGAAUAGGCCUGUGCUAUCACAGUGAAUAGCGGACACAGAUCUAUAGCGCCCCCAGCCCUUUCCUGACCCAGGACAAGAAUUACACUUUUUAUCUUUUUUUCAUAUUUUUUUUUAACCCAGAACACACAGGUCGGAUUUGCAAUUUUUGUGCAUCUUUUCUAUAUAAAGCUCCUGUCCAUUAGGGGUCUACUGUAAUGGGUUUUGUGUAAUUAUAGCUGUAGCGCAGGGUCGCCCUCGGCUGGGAGGAGCUAAGGACUAGUGGUAGGGUUUGGCGGGUGUGUUGUGAUCCAGUGGGUGUGGCUCCUGUAAGCUUCUUCUAUCCACACCGUACAAUUACUGCUUUGUGAUGGUGUGUAGAUGGUGGAGCGCAGUCAGGCGUACAUGGCCAAGAAGGGUCUUUUUUUAUUUUUUAAUAACCACUUUUUGCAGCAGCUUCAGGUUUCACAUUUUCCUUUUGUUCAGAUUAUGAUGUUGAAUGAACUGAUUUUGUAAUGGUAACAUGUGGCCUGUGUUUUGUACGUGCAGUUGUGAUAAAGAAAUUGAAUAAAAAAACUUGUGUGA